GGCACAAAUCAGAAUCAGAAUCCCAAGCAGGAGCAGAAGCAGAAAAGUUGUCGAGCAAUUGGAAAAGCGGGGAGACCGGAAAACUAAGCUAAGCGAAAAACAAGCGAACAAGGGAAAAGCAGCUCUUCCAUAAUGGCGGCAAAUGAAUUGGACAAACCGAGGAAGCAGAACCCAAAGAACAAUCAGUUCAUCUGCCCCAUUGUCUUCAAAAAUGAGGUUCCCCCACCGGCGGUCGAUUGCAAAUUUCUGCCCUGCGGCAAGGAUAUUGUGGAGUUCACUGUGCAGCCGGUUUUGUAUCCCCAGCAGGAGUCCCACUUCCUGCAUCAUUUCAGGGGGCUGCAUCAGUUGUUCGAUCUCGAUUUUGUGAACCUGUCCGUUUACGAUAAACCCAAAAAGAAUGUGCAGAAAAUGGGGACGAGGGAGGCGGCUCUCCUCUCGGACAUUGAAGCCCUGAGCCUGGAUUUUAGCAGGCCGAGGCCAAGUCGUGCCCAGGAAUGCGCCCAGAUGUUCGCCAAGGAGCGGGUCCAGGUGCCACGCCUCCGUCCGGGAUUACAGCGCCCACCGGCGGAGGCGGAGGCCGAGGUCUCGAGCGGACUGGAAGCCAUUAGCCUGGAGGAGCAGAAGGCGAUGAUUGACAAGACCUUCGAGGAGGUGCAGAGACCCCUUCUCGUGCAUCCCACCAAGCCGAAUAGCAAAGCUCGUCCCCUGGAAGUUUUCCCCAUCUUCCCCGAUCCGGAACUGCAGAGCCUCAGCUUCGUGCAAAUGCAGUUCGACAUUCCGCCCAACGAUUACAGCCGGAAUUUAAUCAAGGACUGCGGCCACAAUCUGGUGAACUUCAAGCCAACCGAAGAGUUGGCCAGCGAAGGAAGCCAAAUUUAUCUAUCGGAUCAACGCUUUAAGGAGGAGAAACCCGCUGAAAACGCGGAGCGCGGGGAGCGUUUCAUUUUUAACGUAAAGAGCGACGGCAUCUACUACGUAAGUGUGGACAAGCACAUCAAAUUGAGGCGGGAGCGGCCACGCCCAGAGGCUCUGGCCAACAAGUGUCUGCUGACAAACUUUGCUUUCACAGCAGGUCAAACGCGUGGCAAUGGAAACAAAGUGAGCAGGAAUUGCUUUUUGGUUUUUGGCAGGCGGAGAUCCUUGCUGCUCGCUCGUCUAACAUUUCAUGAUUGAAAUUCCCCGUUGGGAAAACAACUGCACAACGAUAGAAUAUAUAAAGCUCCAAACAAAAUGGAUAUGAAAUUCCCACAAAUUGAUAGAAGAAAUUUUCACUGGAAAUACUUGA